GAGUUAAAAAAAAGGGUAUGUUUUACCAUUAGCAUAGCAUUCGCUAGAUCUUCUGCAGGUGAAUUCCUAACUCUCUCGGGAUCCAUAGCCAUAGCCCGAGGCCUACCGGCGGCACAAGCACUCCCCUAUCUUGGUUUAAGCCCGACCAACGCUCAAUGGAAGAACAAUCUAGUUCUACGAACCCUCAACGAAGUUUCACCCGAAAGAAACGGAAAUUAACCAUAGAAACUGAACCCUUAACCCUAACCCUAAUCCCAGAUCACACACACACUUCCAAUCAUAAGCAAAAACAGGGCAGAGGAAAUUCUGAGAAUCGCAAAUGGGUUUACUCUACUCGUGAUUGCUCUAAUCAUAAAGAUAAGUUUGUAUUUGUAUCGUAUAAUAUACUGGGUGUUGAAAAUGCUUCAAAACAUAAGGAUUUAUACAUUAAUGUUCCCCCGAAGUUUCUGAAAUGGAAACAUAGACUACGGGUUAUACGCAAGGAGAUUGCUCGGUAUAAUCCUAGCGUUUUGUGUUUCCAGGAGGUUGAUCGUUUUGAUGAUUUGAAUACAACUUUACAGAAAGAUGGAUUCAAAGGAGUUUACCAGGCUCGAACUGGAGAAGCACGUGAUGGAUGUGGUAUAUUUUGGAAAGAUGAAAUGUUUUCCCUUAUGCAUGAGGAAAACAUCGAGUUCAAGAACUUUGGUCUUCGUGAUAAUGUUGCUCAAUUUUGUGUUCUAAAGAUGAAUGGGUGUCAAACACAUGUUGAUGACACUGAAAAUCUAAAGACACAUCGAAGCAUAUUGGUUGGAAAUAUACAUGUGCUUUUUAACCCAAGUCGUGGGGAUAUUAAGCUCGGUCAGGUACGAUUAUUUCUUGCAAAGGCUCAUAGACUUUUGGAGACAUGGGGCAAUAUACCAAUUAUACUUGGUGGAGAUUUUAAUAGUAUGCCUCAGAGUGCAAUGUAUCAGUUCAUAGCUUCAUCAGAGUUAAACAUCCAACACCAUGAACGCAAAAAAAUAUGUGGGCAGAAUUGUCCAUUACAUUACCCAACAUUUCAGUGUCAUAGUAAUUAUUAUUCUUCUAGGUGGAAUAAAGAAGAAAUAAGGUUAGCAACAGGAACAAAACACUCAACUUACCUUAAACACAAACUAAAACUCACAAGUGCAUAUCAUGGAGUUCCUGCGACAUGUUUGACAAGAGAUGAAUAUGGAGAACCCUUAGCAACAUCUUUUCACUCCAGAUUUAUGGGGACAGUUGAUUACAUAUGGGGCCAAACGUGCCAACAUACAAAAACGUUAAACAUAUGGGCUGUUUUUGUAAAAAAAUAAACUUUAUAGGGACCUUUUCUGUAAACUACAUAAUUACAGGGAUUAAAUCCGCCAAAAUGUAAAACCUUUGUUGCGGGGACUAAAUCUGCCAAAAUGUAAAAGCUGUAUUGCAGGGACUAAAUUUGUCAAACUGUAAAACUUUUGUUUGUAGGGACUAAAUCUGCCAAAAUGUAAAACCUUUGUUGUAGGAACUAAAUCUGCCAAAAUGUAAAAACUUUGUUGCAGGGACUAAAUCUGUCAAAAUGUAAAACUUUUGUUUGUAGGGACUAAAUCUGCCAAAAUGUAAAAGCUUUGUUGCAGGGACAAAAUCUGUCAAAAUGUAAAACCUUUGUUUGUAGGGACUAAAUCUGCCAAAAUGUGAAACCUUUGUUGUAGGGACUAAAUUUAUUAAAAUUUAAAACAUUAGGGACUAAAUUUAUUAUGCUUUUACUGUUCAUAAGAAUUUUACUUUUAAUAUAUAGUAUAAUUACAUAUUAGGAAUUUGAAUUUUGAAAAGUCCAUCCAAUCAUAAAAGCAAAAAUUGCGUGUAUUUGGAAAAAAUUGAAGUAGGAUGCUAAAUGCUUUAAUAGAAAAAGUGGAAGUAGAAUGCACUUAAAAAAAAUAAAUAAAUAAAUAAACAGAAUUAUAUUCCUACUUGUUGCAUUUAUCUCUAUAUUCUUUUGCUUCUUUGUAUUA